CGAUGCGCGCGAGUCUCCCGACUCAGCCGCAGAACGCACUCUGACCCCGGCGCACGCGCACAACGAGACGAGAUAUAUUGAACUUGUGUUUGUGUGGUGUCGUGAUUAUUUUUCUUGUGUGCAGGGGCCCCAUGAAGCGGCUGUCAUGCACAUAGCGACACUGAUUGCACUCGUGCAGCUGUCGCUCGCUACAGCUGUUUCAGAUGUCGGAACGCUCACCGCAGCCGAGCUGAACCUUGAGCUGGCUGGAGAUGGUUUAUCACCAUUUUUCGAAGAUUCAAGUGGUGAAACCGGAGUCAAUUUCGUGAGGGGUUCAAGAGCUGCAGAUUCACCGCUGUCACCAGAUAUUGACGUACAAUGUUCAGCAGAUUAUAUUCAAGUCACGGUUGAAUUCUCUGACAUAUACGAUGGAAUAAUUUACAGCAAGGGCUUCCUGAAUGAUCCCAAAUGCAAAUACGUAUCUUCCGGAGGCAGCCAAUCUCGGUACUCUUUCCGAGUGCCAUUGAAUGGCUGUGGAAGCCGACCACUUUGCAAUGCUUGCGGCACCAUCGACAACGUCCUCGUGUUCCAAGGAGACGAAUUAGUGCAAGGAUCUUAUGAUUUCGCUAGAAAGGUAUCAUGUGCUGGAACUGCUCUAGAAGUUUCGACUGGUGUCAAAAAGGAACAAUCACAUGUUCUAAAGCUAAAGCCUUUUAUGGUUGACAUGCUCGAUGUAGUGGCAGUACAAGGACCGGCCGGUGGUGUAGAAUGCUGGAUGGAUAUUCAGAAAGGAGUUUUCCCUCAAACAACUCCGUUGGAAAAUUCGAUUAAAAUCGGCGAAUAUCUCACCAUCCUUAUUUAUUUGAAAGAUAUCAGAAAUCAAUUUAAUCUUAAAAUUCACGAUUGUUGGGCUUAUGAUAAUGAAGAUUAUGAUAGUUCGAAGACGAAUAAAAUUCAAUUGACUGACAAAGAUGGUUGCCCCAAGAAAAAGAAAUUCAUCGACUCAUGGCAAAAAUCUACAAAUACUGGAAAAUCUGGUGCAACAUUGAUUGCUUACAGCAAAAUAAGUGCUUUCCGUUUUCCGGAAACUGAUCAAGUCUAUCUGACUUGUAAUGUUGAGCUAUGCACAAGCAACUGUGAUGCAAGCUGUAAUGGAAUUAUAAAGGAAAUAACAACUGUUAUACCAGACACGAAAUGUUAUCCCGGAUCUACUGAUCCUCUUUGUUCAAGACCAACAACUACUGCACAGCCAAACUGUUUCUCUGGCAACAAUGACCCACGUUGCCCUAAGCUGAUAACACCUCCACCACCUAACUGCUUCCCAGGCAACAAUGACCCACGUUGCCCAAAACCAACAACAACUGCUCCUCCAAGAUGCUUCCCUGGCAGCAACGAUCCCCGUUGUCCUAAACCAACUAUAGCUACACCUAAUUGUUACCCCGGUAAUACAGAUCCUCGUUGCCCAAGGCCUACUACACCUGAGGCACCAAGGUGCUUCCCUGGCAGUACAGACCCGCGUUGCCCGAAACCAACAUCGCCUGCACCACCCAGAUGCUUCCCAGGAAGUACUGAUCCACGUUGCCCAAGUCCUUCAACUACUUUACCUCCAAAACCAUUAUGUUAUCCUGGAUCACCAGAUCCAACAUGCCCACAAACCCCUAAGCCAACAUCUCUCACACCACCUACUUAUUUACCUCCAUCCACGGAAAUACCGAAAUGCUAUCCGGGCUCGACAGACGCUCGUUGUCCAAAACCCACAACUCCCGCUUCCCCAAAUUGCUUCCCUGGUAACAGUGAUCCCCGAUGUCCGAAGCCAACAACACCAGCACCACCUAACUGCUACCCUGGAAAUACUGACCCACGUUGCCCAAGGCCUACGACACCUGAGGCACCGAGAUGUUUUCCUGGUAGCACAGAUUCACGAUGUCCUAAGCCGACAACUCAAGUUCCACCAAAAUGCUUCCCUGGCAGUAGUGAUCCCCGUUGUCCCAAACCAACUAAACAAGCACCACCGAACUGCUUCCCAGGCAACACAGAUCCACGUUGCCCUAAACCCACAACACCUGAAGCACCGAGAUGUUUUCCUGGAAGUACAGACACUCGUUGUCCUAAACCAACAACUCCUGCACCUCCGAACUGCUACCCCGGUAAUACAGACUCACGUUGCCCAAGGCCUUCAACGCCUGAGGCACCAAAGUGUUUCCCUGGAAACACAGAUCCACGUUGCCCUAAACCUACAACACCUGAAGCACCGAGAUGUUACCCUGGAAGUACAGACACUCGUUGUCCUAAACCAACAACUCCUGCUCCUCCGAGGUGUUUCCCUGGCAGCAGCGAUCCUCGUUGCCCUAAACCAACUACACCUACACCUCCGAACUGCUACCCCGGUAAUACAGACCCACGAUGCCCACAGCCUACAACGCCCGAGGCCCCAAGGUGUUUCCCUGGUAGCACAGAUGCACGUUGCCCUCAACCCACUACGCCUGAGGCGCCCAGAUGUUUCCCUGGUAGUACAGAUGCUCGCUGCCCCAAACCUACAACACCUGCUGCACCGAGGUGCUAUCCUGGCAGUACUGAUCCGCGUUGUCCAAAACCUACAACUCCUUCACCUACCAAAACAGUCUGUUAUCCUGGGUCACCCGACCCGAAGUGCCCACAGCCUCCUAGGCCUACAACUCUAACACCACCUACUUACUUGCCCCCAUCCACAGAAAUACCUAACUGCUAUCCUGGAAACACAGAUCCACGUUGCCCUAAGCCCACAACACCUGAAGCACCGAGAUGUUUCCCCGGAAGUACAGACACUCGUUGUCCUCAACCAACAACUCCAUCACCUCCAAGAUGCUUCCCUGGUAGCAGCGAUCCUAGGUGCCCCAAGCCAACAACACCUGCACCACCUAACUGCUAUCCUGGAAACACAGAUCCCCGUUGCCCUAAGCCCACAACACCUGAAGCACCGAGAUGUUUCCCUGGAAGUACAGACACUCGUUGUCCUAAACCAACGACUCCAGCACCUCCAAGAUGCUUCCCUGGGAGCAGCGAUCCUAGAUGCCCUAAGCCAACAACACCUGCACCACCUAACUGCUAUCCUGGAAACUCAGAUCCACGCUGCCCCAAACCUACAACACCUGCUGCACCAAGGUGCUAUCCUGGUAGUACUGAUCCGCGUUGUCCAAAACCUACAACGCCUUCACCUACCAAACCAGUCUGUUAUCCUGGGUCACCCGACCCAAAGUGCCCACAGCCUCCUAGGCCUACUACUCUAACACCACCUACUUACUUGCCCCCAUCCACAGAAAUACCUAAAUGCUAUCCGGGCUCGACAGACGCUCGUUGUCCUAAACCAACAACUCCUGCUCCUCCGAGAUGUUUCCCCGGUAGCAGUGAUCCUCGAUGCCCUAAGCCUACAACACCAGCACCACCUAACUGCUACCCAGGAAAUACUGAUUCACGCUGCCCUAAGCCUACAACACCUGAAGCACCGAGAUGUUUCCCUGGAAGCACAGACGCUCGUUGUCCUCAACCAACAACUCCAGCACCUCCAAGAUGCUUCCCUGGUAGCACCGAUCCUAGAUGCCCUAAGCCAACAACACCUGCACCACCUAACUGCUAUCCUGGAAACACAGAUCCCCGUUGCCCUAAGCCCACAACACCUGAAUCACCGAGAUGUUUUCCCGGAAGUACAGACGCUCGUUGUCCUCAACCAACAACUCCAUCACCUCCAAGAUGCUUCCCUGGUAGCAGCGAUCCUAGGUGCCCCAAGCCAACAACACCUGCACCACCUAACUGCUAUCCUGGAAACACAGAUACACGUUGUCCUAAGCCCACCACACCUGAAGCACCGAGAUGUUUCCCUGGAAGUACAGACGCUCGUUGUCCUAAACCAACGACUCCAGCACCUCCAAGAUGCUUCCCUGGGAGCAGCGAUCCUAGAUGCCCUAAGCCAACAACACCUGCACCACCUAACUGCUAUCCUGGAAACACAGAUCCACGCUGCCCAAAACCUACAACACCUACUGCACCAAGGUGCUAUCCUGGCAGUACUGAUCCACGUUGUCCAAAACCUACAACUCCUUCACCUACCAAACCAGUCUGUUAUCCUGGGUCACCCGACCCGAAGUGCCCACAGCCUCCUAGGCCUACUACUCUAACACCACCUACUUACUUGCCCCCAUCCACAGAAAUACCUAAAUGCUAUCCGGGCUCCACAGACGCUCGUUGUCCAAAACCAACAACUCCUGCACCUCCAAGAUGCUUCCCUGGUAGUAAUGAUCCUCGCUGCCCUAAACCUACGACACCCGAAGCUCCAAGAUGUUUCCCUGGUAGCAGCGAUCCUCGAUGCCCUAAGCCAACAACACCAGCACCACCUAACUGCUACCCAGGAAACACAGAUCCACGUUGCCCUAAACCCACAACACCUGAAGCGCCAAGAUGUUUCCCUGGAAGCACAGAUGCUCGUUGUCCUAAACCGACAACUCCUGCACCUCCGAGAUGCUUCCCUGGUAGCAGUGAUCCUAGAUGCCCUAAGCCAACAACACCUGCACCACCUAACUGCUAUCCUGGAAACACAGAUCCCCGUUGCCCUAAGCCCACAACACCUGAAGCACCGAGAUGUUUCCCUGGAAGUACAGAUGCUCGUUGUCCUAAACCAACAACUCCCGCACCUCCGAGAUGCUUCCCUGGUAGCAGCGAUCCUCGAUGCCCUAAGCCAACAACACCGGCACCACCUAACUGCUAUCCAGGAAACACAGAUCCACGUUGCCCUAAACCCACAACACCUGAAGCUCCAAGAUGUUUCCCUGGAAGCACAGAUGCUCGUUGUCCUAAACCGACAACUCCUGCACCUCCGAGAUGCUUCCCUGGUAGCAGUGAUCCUAGAUGCCCUAAGCCAACAACACCUGCACCACCUAACUGCUAUCCUGGAAACACAGAUCCCCGUUGCCCUAAGCCCACAACACCUGAAGCACCGAGAUGUUUCCCUGGAAGUACAGAUGCUCGUUGUCCUAAACCAACAACUCCCGCACCUCCGAGAUGCUUCCCUGGUAGUAAUGAUCCUCGCUGCCCUAAACCUACGACACCUGAAGCUCCAAGAUGUUUCCCUGGUAGCAGCGAUCCUCGAUGCCCUAAGCCAACAACACCGGCACCACCUAACUGCUAUCCAGGAAACACAGAUCCACGUUGCCCUAAACCCACAACACCUGAAGCUCCAAGAUGUUUCCCUGGAAGCACAGACGCUCGUUGUCCUAAGCCGACAACUCCUGCACCUCCAAGAUGCUUCCCUGGUAGCAGUGAUCCUAGAUGCCCUAAGCCAACAACACCUGCACCACCUAAUUGCUAUCCAGGAAACACAGAUCCCCGUUGCCCUAAACCCACAACACCUGAAGCUCCGAGAUGUUUCCCUGGAAGCACAGACGCUCGUUGUCCUCAACCAACGACUCCUGCACCUCCAAGAUGCUUCCCUGGGAGCAGCGAUCCUAGAUGCCCUAAGCCAACAACACCUGCACCACCUAACUGCUAUCCUGGAAACACAGAUCCACGCUGCCCCAAACCUACAACACCUGCUGCACCAAGGUGCUAUCCUGGCAGUACUGAUCCACGUUGUCCAAAACCUACAACUCCUCCACCUACCAAACCAGUCUGUUAUCCUGGGUCACCCGACCCGAAGUGCCCACAGCCUCCUAGGCCUACUACUCUAACACCACCUACUUACUUGCCCCCAUCCACAGAAAUACCUAAAUGCUAUCCGGGCUCGACAGACGCUCGUUGUCCUAAACCAACAACUCCUGCUCCUCCGAGAUGUUUCCCUGGUAGCAGUGAUCCUCGAUGCCCUAAGCCUACAACACCAGCACCACCUAACUGCUACCCAGGAAAUACUGAUUCACGCUGCCCUAAGCCCACAACGCCUGAAGCACCGAGAUGUUUCCCUGGAAGUACAGAUGCUCGUUGUCCAAAACCAACAACUCCUGCACCUCCAAGAUGCUUCCCUGGUAGUAAUGAUCCUCGCUGCCCUAGACCUACGACACCCGAACCUCCAAGAUGUUUCCCUGGUAGCAGCGAUCCUCGAUGCCCUAAGCCAACAACACCAGCACCACCUAACUGCUACCCAGGAAACACAGAUCCACGUUGCCCUAAACCCACAACACCUGAAGCGCCAAGAUGUUUCCCUGGAAGCACAGAUGCUCGUUGUCCUAAACCGACAACUCCUGCACCUCCGAGAUGCUUCCCUGGUAGCAGUGAUCCUAGAUGCCCUAAGCCAACAACACCUGCACCACCUAACUGCUAUCCUGGAAACACAGAUCCCCGUUGCCCUAAGCCCACAACACCUGAAGCACCGAGAUGUUUCCCUGGAAGUACAGAUGCUCGUUGUCCUAAACCAACAACUCCCGCACCUCCGAGAUGCUUCCCUGGUAGUAAUGAUCCUCGCUGCCCUAAACCUACGACACCUGAAGCUCCAAGAUGUUUCCCUGGUAGCAGCGAUCCUCGAUGCCCUAAGCCAACAACACCAGCACCACCUAACUGCUACCCAGGGAACACAGAUCCACGUUGCCCUAAACCCACAACACCUGAAGCGCCAAGAUGUUUCCCUGGAAGCACAGACGCUCGUUGUCCUCAACCAACAACUCCAGCACCUCCAAGAUGCUUCCCUGGUAGCAGCGAUCCUAGAUGCCCUAAGCCAACAACACCAGCAUCACCUAACUGCUAUCCUGGAAACACAGAUCCACGCUGCCCCAAACCUACAACACCUGCUGCACCAAGCUGCUAUCCUGGCAGUACUGAUCCGCGUUGUCCAAAACCUACAACUCCUUCACCUACGAAACCAGUCUGUUAUCCUGGGUCACCCGACCCAAAGUGCCCACAGCCUCCUAGGCCUACUACUCUAACACCACCUACUUACUUGCCCCCAUCCACAGAAAUACCUAAAUGCUAUCCGGGCUCGACAGAUGCUCGUUGUCCUCAACCAACAACUCCUUCUCCUCCAAAAUGCUUCCCCGGUAGUGAUGACCCCCGCUGCCCUAAGCCUACUACACCUCAAGCUCCCAGAUGUUACCCUGGCAGUAGUGACCCUCGCUGCCCUAAGCCUACUACACCUGAAGCUCCCAGAUGUUACCCCGGUAGUAGUGACCCUCGCUGCCCUAAGCCUACUACACCUGAAGCUCCCAGAUGUUACCCCGGUAGUAGUGAUCCUCGCUGCCCUAAACCUACGACACCUGAAGCGCCGAGAUGUUUCCCUGGUAGUACAGACGCUCGUUGUCCUAAACCAACAACUCCUGCUCCUCCGAGAUGUUACCCCGGAAGUAGUGACCCUCGCUGCCCUAAACCCACCACACCUGAAGCUCCAAGAUGCUACCCCGGUAGCACUGAUCCUCGCUGUCCUCAACCAACUAAAAAGCCCUCAACACCAAGUUCAUGUUAUCCUGGUUCUAAAGACCCCAAAUGUCCGCAACCAUUCGCACCUAGUAGUACAAACCCACCUUCGACUUACUUGCCACCAUUUCCUCUAGAAAAUGAAGUAAAAUCUCCGCGCGUGAAUAGAUUAGCUAUAAAAAGCUUCGAUUAUUACGAUUCACAGGCUGAAAUAGAUAACUUUGAUUCCUCACGAACGAAACCAAAAACAAGAAACGUUAGGGACGUAAGCAAUUCCUUAUACGACGAGUUUCCGAUAUCCUUAGAGUACUCAGCAAUUGUAGGGUCUGUCAUGUUUGUAAUUUUAUCAUUAGGUGUAACUCUUUUUAUAUAUAAAAACAAGGCGAGCCUUAAACGAAAAGAAAAUGUAGCAAUUACAAAUACUCAUCCUUGCUAAAACGAUACGUUUACUUUUAAGAUGUAACACAUUUUUUUAAAUGUCAAAACCUGACGCGUUUUUAUAAAACCAAUCGAUUUUAUAUGUAAUGAUAUUCACUGCCUUUUAAGCUUUUUGUAUGUUAUUCGGGCAUUUUAUAUGUUGCCUUUUUUAUCAUAAAGGUGCCAUAGGUUGAUAAAUUUUGACUAUAUUUUAGCUUUGUAAAACUUGAUUAUGAACAUAAUUACCUAUAUUACUAGUCAAAAUACAUAAUGACCCAUUAUUUUAAUGUCGAUAUAUUGCAUGUAUUUUAUUCCCUAUAUAAUUUUAUUACUUAUACUCAUUUGUGAUAUUUGUAAAUAUAUAACAAUAUUAUGUUG